UGCCUCACUGGGCUCCAGAGGCUCCGACUCAGCGCCCCGGGUUUUGGCGGACCUCCCAGGCCCCUCCACGCCCGGCUUCCUUGCGGAGCUUUUCUGCAAAGGGGGGCUGUCACGGCUACACGAGCUGCAGGUAGAAUGGGGCGCCGUUCCCACGACUGAAAGCUGGGGAAGUUGGCUUUCACAAACCCUAGUGCAGAACGGAGCAAGGAGGGCGGGUGGGAACGGAUGCCCAUGAGUUACGGGAAAGAAGAAGUUGGGACUGGGGGCGGUGGCUCGCGGGAAGCGGAGUUCCCUGGAUACCCCGCGGAGGAGUGCGUUCAAAACGCGCCUUCUAGCGAUGCAGGCGUCUGGAGGCUCGUAGAUCCAGAACAAGUGCGCGGGAGGCGGGACUCUCUUAAAGCUAGAACGCUCCUAUACCUUCCGUGGGGGCUUGUCCUAAGAUGAACAGUCCACAGGAGGAGGCUUUAGGGAUUUCUCCGCCCAGGUGGCCAAAGAGCGGUGCUGAAUGCCAGCUUUGCGCCCAGCUCCUCCGUUUUGUCCAUCACACCCAGACUUCCUAGGAUGGGAAGUGAGGGAGAGGGGUUUGCAGCAUCAGAGCCAUACACCACUUGGGAGCAGAAGCUCCCGCUUUCAAACCCGAAACAGCGCCCCUGGAGUUGGCGCAGGCCCAGCCGGGAGCCCCCGGCCCGCGUCUUCAGGUCCGCUGCUCGCGCUCUCCCAGGUGCGGGGCGCCUCGCGCUUCGGGCCGGUGUGGUUGGCCAGCUUCGGGACGGUGCGCACCGUGUACCUGGCGGCCCCUACGCUCGUCGAGCAGCUGCUACGACAGGAGGGACCCCGGCCCGAACGCUGCAGCUUCUCACCCUGGGCGGAGCACCGUCGCCGCCGCCAGCGGGCUUGCGGACUGCUGACCGCGGAAGGGGAAGAAUGGCAGAGGCUUCGCAGCCUCCUGGCCCCGCUGCUCCUCCGGCCUCAAGCGGCCGCCCGCUAUGCCGGGACCCUACACGGCGUGGUCCGUGACCUCGUGCGGAGACUGCGGCGCCAGCGGGGACUGGGCGCCGGGCCGCCCGCCCUGGUUCGAGACGUGGCGGGAGAGUUUUACAAGUUUGGACUGGAAGGCAUCGCGGCGGUGCUGCUGGGCUCCCGCCUCGGCUGCCUGGAGGCGGAGGUGCCCCCAGACACAGAGACCUUCAUCCGCGCCGUCGGCUCGGUGUUCGUGUCCACGCUAUUGACCAUGGCGAUGCCCAGCUGGCUGCGCCGCGUCGUGCCCGGACCCUGGGACCGCCUCUGCCGAGACUGGGACCAGAUGUUUGCAUUCGCCCAGCAGCACGUGGAGCAGCGAGAGGCUGAGAUGGCCCUGAGGAGCCAGCUUGGGAAGUCCGAGGAGGACGCGGGACCUGGGGCAUACCUGACCUACUUCUUGCUCCGGAAAGAGCUGCCCGCCGCAUCCAUCCUGGGCAAUGUGACGGAGCUGCUCCUCGCUGGGGUGGACACGGUGUCCAACACGCUCUCCUGGGCUCUGUAUGAACUCUCCCGGCACCCCGAAAUCCAGACAGCACUCCAUGCUGAGAUCUCAGCUGCCUUGGGCCCCGGCUCCAGUACCCAACCCUCAGCCACUGCUCUGUCCCAGCUGCCCCUGCUGAAGGCCGUGGUCAAGGAAGUGCUGAGACUAUACCCUGUGGUACCUGGAAAUUCCCGUGUCCCAGACAAAGACAUCUAUGUGGGUGAAUAUAUCAUCCCCAAAAAUACGCUGGUCACUCUGUGUCACUAUGCCACUUCAAGGGACCCGGCCCAGUUCCCGGAACCAAAUUCUUUUCGUCCAGCUCGCUGGCUAGGGGAAGGUCCAUCUCCCCACCCAUUUGCAUCUCUCCCCUUUGGCUUUGGCAAGCGCAGCUGCAUGGGGAGACGCCUGGCAGAGCUUGAGCUGCAAAUGGCCUUGGCCCAGAUCUUGAUCCACUUUGAGGUGCAACCUGAGCCAGGUUCUGCCCCCGUCAGACCAAUGACCCGGACUGUCCUGGUACCUGAGAGAAGCAUCAACCUACAGUUUGUGGACAGAUAGUCUGGUGGAAACAGGCUGUCAUCAUCACCGUGUCUCUCAUCAUAGGGGUUUAUUAGGCAUGAGACCAAGAGAUGUAUAUUUCUCUGCAGUCUGUCUGGUUAGAAAGACCAUAGCCAAGUGCUUGAAGCAGCCCUGAUCGAGGUAGGAAGCAUGCACCUGGCCUGACCCAGCAAGCCUUGAGAAAACCAUGACCCAUUAGCCUGCUUAGCCCUUCUAGUCACAUGCAUCCUUCAAGGGCCAGCUUCAGUGUUAACUCAUCAUGCUGGGUGGCCUGAGGAAGAAUUCGACCCCUGGCCUUUUGGGGCCUCACAGUGUUUACUGAUGCUGCCGGCUAAGCACUCACCAUGGCCUGAGCUAAGUGUCUAUCUGGUCUGCCCCUGGCUGAUCCUCUCUCAUUGCCUGUGAGCUCUUUGAGAGGAAGAAUGAGGCCUUAUUCUGUCCUCAUACACCUUGCCGGGGCCCAUCCCUGACUGGGUGACACCACGUGGACUCUCAGAUUCUAUCUGGAUGAGGUGGCAGAAGGGACAAGCAGCUUCCCGGGCUCUGCUUCUUCCUCAUCCUGCCCCUAGGAAGGUGAGUCUAUCCUCACCUGGGUGAUGAUUUAAAAAAAAAACUCUCCUUGGCUCUCUGGUCACUAUUAAGUUUGCUUGCCCCACCACUUAGAUCCCAGGCAGAGAUGUCUUUGGACCUAAGUCUUCCUUUUACAUGUUGAAGUUUUUUAAAUACUGUUUUUUAAAUCAAAAAAUUGUUUUGAAUGUUCUAU